GAAGCCGCUGGUGCUCAGAGACAGAGUGCUGGCUGUAGACAGUCUGUAUGGAGCUCCAGCAGACAGAGGGGUCUCAGAGGUCUCAGUCUCCCCCCAUUCCUACGUGGAAGCCAUCAGAACAGGACUGGAGGCUUCAUCUGAGGAACCAGGUAACCCCCCAGUGGGCGGGGCUUAUCACGACCCCCGCCAGCUGUGUCCCUACGCCGCCGCCGGACAGUGUUACUAUGGCGACAGCUGCACCUACCUGCACGGAGACCUGUGUGAGGUGUGCAGACUACAGGUGCUGCACCCCCACGACCCCGAGCAGAGGAGAGCGCACGAGAAGGUGUGUCUGCUGAACUUUGAGGCUGACAUGGAGAAGGCGUUUGCAGCUCAGCUGAGUCAAGACAAGGUGUGCUCGAUCUGCAUGGAGCUGGUGGUGCAGAAGCUGAACCCGUGUGAGCGGAGGUUCGGCAUCCUGUCGUCCUGCUGCCACACCUUCUGUCUCACCUGCAUCCGCCAGUGGAGGUGCACCCGCAGCUUCAGCAACAGCAUCAUCAAGUCGUGUCCUGAGUGUCGUGUGGUCUCAGAGUUUGUGAUCCCCUCAGUGUUCUGGGUGGAGGACCAGGAGGAGAAGGAUCACCUGAUCGACCUCUUUAAGUCCGGAGUCAGUAAGAAGUCCUGUAAGUACUUCGAUCAGGGUCGGGGGGUCUGUCCCUUCGGGGGGAAGUGUCUCUAUCUCCAUGCCCUGCCCGACGGCACCCGGGCAGAACCGGACCGCCCCCGAAAACAGCUGAGCUCCGAGGGGGGCGUACGGUUCAUGAACAACGUGCGUCUGUGGGACUUCAUCGAGGAGCGCGAGCAGCGAGACCCCCCCGACAUCUCAGAGCUGAGAGACCUGUUCAUGCAGAUGAGUGGACCGGGGAGGGAGUCUGAGGAACCCCCCACUGAGGAACCCCCACUGAGGAACACCCACUGAGGAACCCCCUCCCCCACCCCUGUAACACACUGAGGAACCCCCACUGAGGAUGAACCCCCACUGAGGAACCCCCUUCCCCCCCCUGUAACACACUGAGGAACCCCCUCCAACACUGAGGAACCCCCUCUGUAACACACUGAGGAACCCCCUCCAACACUGAGGAACCCCCUCCCCUUUGUAACACACUGAGGAACCCACACUAAGGAACCCCCUCCCUCUCCUGUAACACAGAGGAACCCCCUCCAACACUGAGGAACCCCUCCCCCCCUGUAACACACUGAGGAACCCCCUCCAACACUGAGGAACCCCUCCCCCCCUGUAACACACUGAGGAACCCCCUCCAACACUGGGGAACCCCUCCCCCCCUGUAACACACUGAGGAACCCCCUCCAACACUGAGGAACCCCCUCCCCUCUGUAACACACUGAGGAACCCACACUAAGGAACCCCCUCCCUCUCCUGUAACACACUGAGGAACCCCCUCCCCUACUGAAGAACCCCACACUGAGGAACCCCCUCCCGUAACACACUGAGGAACCCCCCCCCCCUACUGAGGAACCCCACACUGAGGAACCCCCACUAAGGAACCCCAUCCCCC